AUGGGACUUUGCAGCAGCAGAGUCUGGAGAUGUGAGGACUCCAGUUUGACAGAGCCACAGCAACCAGGAGGCAGUGCGGGUCCCAUUUUGGCGUCUGGCAGUCGCAAGCGCAAAUGGCGCAGUUGGGACUGUUUGGGGCCGAGCUGGAACAUUCAUGGACCUCAGAACCAGGUAGUAGUAAGUCUACAGUAUGUUUUCGAUUUCAUCCAGAGAAAAAGAAGGAAGCUCUCAUCUAUGCAUAAUUACCAAACUUUAUUUUUGGGUGGCGAAGCCAGCGAUAUUAAAAUCCGUGCUCUGGGGAAAAUAUGGUCCUUGCACAAAACAUUCUUAUACCAAUCGGGGUACUUUGCUAAUAUGCUCAAAGAUAUUUGGAAAGAAAGGCACAGUGACAUUAUAGAACUGGAGAUCAAGAACGAGGACAUAAACAUCAGGUCUUUGGACUUUGUGUUUGGUUCACUGUACAGGGACGAUGACAUGCCAAUGAAGCCCCUUCAAGUUCCUCAUGUUUUGGCGGCAGCAUGCCUGCUUCAGGUAGAGCGCGUGAUUCAGCAAUGUAAUGAGACCAUGAAGAAAACCAUUGAUGUGAAAACCGUGUGUUCUUACUAUGUAGCAGCAGAAACAUAUAGAUUGAAGUCUGUAAAGACACAGUGCUUUGACUGGCUUCUUUGCAACUUGAUGAUACACCCAAGUGUUAGACUUUACAAAGACAUUGAUAUAAAGGUCAUGUAUCUACUUGUUUCAUCAUCCGACCUACUAGUGUUGCAAAGGGAAAUUGAUCUAUAUAACACACUGAAAAAGUGGAUAUUCCUUUAUUUUAAUCCUCGCUGGAAAGGUUCCUUGGAACGUCUCUUCACUAGUGCCAACAGCUGGCUUUCCAGGCAGAUGGAAUUCAUUGAUAGCAUCACUUUUCUUGAAAGUGAAGAAGGGCUGGUAUUUCAGCCAGUGUUUAGACAACUGAGGUUUCAGCAUAUCAUCUGUGACCUGACCUCCACGAGUAUUCUUGAACAAGAUCGCCUCAUACCUUUAGAAUGGCUGUACCCUGUUUAUAAACAACAGUGGCUGACUUUGCUACAGGCACAGCAGCACAGAAAAAUUGGGCCAGGAACCAUCAAUGAAAAAGAACUUGAAGGGUGCAGCAUGAGAUGUGGUGUAAGGAUCGACAGAGUUGGCACAUACUCCUGGAAGUGGUCACGUUGCAAGUAUAGCUUUCCUCUACACAUCAUCUUUACCAACCGUGGUAUCAUUUUCAAGCAAUAUCGUCAGCAGUGCGAUGGCUCAGGCUGCUUAAAACAGAUACGGAAUGUAGUGUUCAGAAUAACUUUGGUGUAUUUUGAUCCCAAUGGCAAACUAACUUUCAAUAAGACAACUGGUCAUAAAAUGGUUACCUUUGAAGAUAACGAGGGAAAGUGUGUAAUGGAGUUUGAUAGCAACAUUUUAAACUUCCCUUUAUACAUAUUCUGCAACUUCCUGUUCAUAUCAUUAACAAACACAGAAAACCUGUGAUCUUUUCGAUUAUUAGACCCCAGGAGCAGUUUGAAAACCUUGAAUGACUCAUUUAAUUUGAAGGCUGUGUUUGAAUACCAUCAAGAUGACCGACAACAAGAUGAA